AUGUACGAUACCUCUACAGAUCCGGAGGACCACCUUUCGGUCUUCUUGACGCAUAUGCGCCUGCAAACCGCCGCGGAUGAGGUCCGCUGCAAGACCUUCCCUAUGUUCCUAAAGGGGAAGGCGCGGCUCUGGUUCCAGGGGCUGAAACCGGGGUCUAUACGGAGCUUUCCUGAGCUGGCCCGGCAGUUUGCAACCCAAUUCGUCUCCUCGAAGGUCUACGCGAGGAACGCAACUCACCUGAUGUCCAUCAGACAGAGGCCCGAUGAGUCGCUGAGGAAUUUCAUGACCCGUUUCAACGCGGAGAGCCUGCAGGUCAGGGACAAAGACGAAAAAGUGGUCAUGGCCGCCUUCACAAAUGGGCUCAGGGUAGAGGAGCUCUUCUACGACCUGGCCAAGAAGCCUCCCGUAAACCUGGAGGAGCUCUUACGCAGGGCGCAUGAGGCCGCUAAUGCGGAGGAGGCAGGUCGUCUGAAGAAAGAAUCAGAUCGGGAGCUCGGAGAUCGGAAAGGUCGGACAAACCCCCCAGAGGGCAAGGACGUCCCGUCCAAGAAAAACGUCUUCGACCGGCUCUCGAAGGAGAAGGCCCCUGCUCUGGCGCCACUCCUAGAGGAGACCUACACCCUUCUAACACGGCCCAGAGCCCAGAUCUUGGCGGUUAUGGAGGCGGAAGGACUGGGAGAUCGGCCGCCCAAGAUGGGGACGCCCCGGAACAAAAGGAACCAGGACAGGUACUGCGCCUUUCACCGCGACGCCGGGCACGACACGGAGGGAUGCUGGGCCCUGCGUAAGGAGAUAGAAGACCUGAUCCAGCGCGGCUUUCUAGGGAGAUUCGUGCGCCGACUAGGACACCCAGAACCUGGCGGGAGUGAUAAACACCAUCGCCGGAGGCCCCACGGGGGGGACAGCCAUGCAGCUCGGAAGAACAAGCGACCACCCCCCGAAGGGGACGACUCCUUGAAGCGCUUGCGCAUGGACGAGGAGAUUACCUUCGGACCAAGGGAUGCGGUCCCCCCGGCUUCCGGGAACCACGAGACCAUCGUGAUAGACAUUGUUACCAACAACUACCGGGUGAAGAAGGUGUAUGUCGACCAGGGUAGCGCGGUGGACAUUAUGUUCUAUCGGGCGUUCAAGGAGCUCGGAUUAAGGGAUGACCAGCUGACCCCGGUCCGGACGCCUUUGGUGGGCUUCACCGGACCACCCAUCAGCUCGGAAGGGAUGAUCACCCUGAUGGUCACAGUAGGACAGGCUCCCAAAUGCCGGACCGUUCCCGUUAACUUCGUGGUGGUCAAGCAGUCGUCCCCGUACAAUGUGUUUUUGGGGAGACCUGCUUUAAACGCCCUCCGGGCUAUUCCCUCUACCUUCCACCUCAGCGUCAAGUUCCCCACCCCUGGAGGGAUAGCCGAGGUGCGCGGCGACCCAGAGGUAACCAGGGCUUGCUACCUGGCCACGCUCCGGGGGCAGGAGAAGGUGGUCGCCCAGACAACCUGUUUGGAGCCCUACAUCCCAGGAGAUGAGGCCCAACAGUUGGGCACCCAAGAUGAGAUUGAGGAGUUCCCCCUAAGGAAGGAUCGGCCCGAUCAGGUCAUCCGCAUCGGGGCAUUGCUGCCAGCCGAGGAGAAGGAAGGCUUGAAGGCCUUGUUGAGAGAGUACUCUCAGGUCUUCGCAUGGACGGUGGAGGACAUGCCUGGGAUCCCUACAGACCUGGCAGUCCAUCACCUCGACGUGGACCCUAACUUCAAACCAGUGAAGCAGAAGAAAAGGAGCUUUGCCCCCGAGAGGAAUGAGGUGAUCAAGGCGGAGAUUGGCAAGUUGCUGGAGUCCAAGAUCAUCCUGGAGGUCUACUACCCGACCUGGCUGGACAAUAGUCUGGUCAGGAAGGACGACCAGACCUGGAGGAUGUGCGUAGACUUCACAGACCUUAACAAAGCCUGCCCGAAGGACUGCUUUCCCCUACCUAGAAUCGACAGGUUAGUAGACUUUACUGUGAGUUUUGACGUUUUGUGUUUCCUGGAUGCCUUUAAGGGAUAUCACCAGAUAGAGAUGGCUAAGGAGGAUCGGGACAAGACCUCUUUUAUCACCGAGGAGGGAACCUACUGCUACAGGACCAUGCCGUUCGGGUUGAAGAACGCGGGAGCCACUUACCAGCGCCUGGUCAACAAGUUGUUCCAAAACCAGAUCGGCAGAAGCAUGGAGGUCUAUGUCGAUGACAUGAUCGUCAAAAGUCGAACUGACCAGCGGCUCAUACCCGACCUGCGGGAGAUCUUGGACAUCCUACUGAAGAGUCGGAUGCGCUUAAAUCCGAAGAAGUGCACCUUUGGGGUCAGAUCGGGAAGGUUUCUCGGUUUCCUGGUGUCCCGAGACGGAAUCCGGGCCAACCCGGAUAAGCUACAGGCUAUCAUAGACAUGGCUCUUCCAAGGAACGUGAAGGAAGUCCAGCGGCUCACAGGGAGAAUGGCCGCCCUGAGUAGGUUCCUCUCGCGCUCCGCGGACUUUCACUGGACGGAGGAGUGCCAGAAAGCCUUCACCGACCUGAAGGCCUAUCUGGCUGAGUUGCCCACUUUGACCGCCCCGGAGCUAGGAGAGACUCUGUUCCUUUACCUGUCCGCCUGCAACGAGGCCAUCAGCGCGGUCUUGGUGCGGGAGGACGGGGGGGCUCAGAGACCGAUGUACUACAUUAGCCGCGCCCUACAGGGGCCAGAGACGAGGUACACGCCCGUGGAAAAGCUGGUCCUUGCCUUGGUACACGCCGCUCGCAAGCUCCGCCCUUACUUCCAAGCUCACAGCAUCGUAGUCCUGACCGACCAGCCCUUGCGCCAGAUCCUCACUAAGCCCGAGGUCUCGGGCAGGAUGACCAAGUGGUCCGUCGAACUGGCCGAGCAUGACCUCACUUAUCGGCCUCGCACCGCGAUCAAGGCUCAGGCCUUGGCAGACUUCCUUGCUGAGGGGGCUGACUUGAACCUGACCGAGUUAGCCCCGACACCCCCGGACACCCCGGCUGAGGAGCCGUGGGUGCUGUUCGUGGAUGGCGCCUCGAGCACGGAAGGGAGCGGAGCUGACCUGCUGCUCACCUCGCCCACGGGGGAAGAACUGACCUAUGCGCUUAGGUUCGACUUCCCUGCGUCCAACAACGAGGCAGAGUACGAGGCCCUGUUGACGGGGUUGCGGAUAGCCUACCAGAUGGGCAUCACCGCGAUCCGGGUUCGAAGCGACUCUCAGCUCGUCGUCCUCCAAAUCCGUGGGGAGUAUGAGGCCAAGGACGAGGUAAUGAAGAAAUACCUGGCUAAGGUACAAGAGGCGAUAGCCCUGUUCGAGACCUUUGAGAUUGAGCGGGUGCCGAGAUCCCAAAACAAGCGCGCGGACGCCUUGUCCAAGCUGGCGUCCUCCUCGUUCGCCCACCUGAGCAAGGAGGUCUUGGUAGAGGUGGUGAAGCAGAAAAGUAUCGACCAGGUCCGGGUCCUAACGAUAGACAGCUCGGCCACUUGGAUGGCUCCCCUCGUUGACUUCCUCAGCUCGGGUGCCCUCCCGGAGAACAAAAUCGAGGCUCGCCGAAUCCAUCUUCGAGCUGCCAAAUACGCCUACGCCGAGGGAACCCUCUACAGGAGGUCGGCAUAA